UGAGCCUACUCAGCAGUCAUUUCAAUGGCCGUGCCCUCGCGCAAGAAUGUGCACCGCGCUCAGCGCAAGAAUGUCAAGAAGCACCGCCCUGAUAUUAUUGUGAUUGACCUCAAGGACCAUGUGCUGGGGCGUGCUGCGGCUGUAGUCGCCAAGCAGUUGCUCCUGGGAAAGAAGAUCACCGUGGUGCGCUGCGAGCAGCUCAACAUCGCGGGCACGGAGAUUCGUAACAAGAUCAAAUACCUCCAGUUCCUCCGCAAGCGCAAGCUGACCAACCCCACGCUAGGUCCCUUCCACCACCGUUCCCCCUCGGAUAUCUUCGUGCGCACCGUCCGCUCCAUGCUGCCUCGCUACACCAAGCGUGGUAUGAAGGCGCUGCACUCUCUCGUCGCCUACGAGGGUGUGCCUCCGAACGUUGUCCGUACCGGCGGUCGCGUCGUGAUUCCACGUGCGCAGCGCCACAACUGUUACCGCUCGGAACGCCCAUACACCGUCCUUGGUAACAUGUGCAAGCAUGUGGGCUGGAAGUACAGCGGCGUUGUUGAGAAGCUUGAGAAGGCCCGUAUUGAGAAGGCGCAACGCCACCACGAUAAGAAGGACAAGCUUCGUCAGGCUUGGAGCGAUGCUCGCAAGGAGGCGCUUCAGAAGAUGCCCAAGCAUAACGUCGAGGUCCUCAAGAAAUUCGGUUAUGCCUGAAAACGCUGAUGAAAAUGGAUGACGCAGAAAGAAGUGCCGACUACCAUCGACUACGAGAACUCUGAGUAUGUUACAUGAUUAGCCUUUUAUUUUUCUAAAGAAAACCGUAUACAUGCGCAUGGGAAGGUGAUCAGGUUUUUCUGAUAUACCUUUAGCCUUUCUUUGCGGUAGUGGU